CUUGACGGCUCCACAGUCUCCUGUGCAAGGGUUGGCUGGAGAUCAGGCUCUCACACCUCUAGUGCUUUCAUCGCCACCACCUCAUCCUCCCUGAGGAGAAGCUAAACCCUCAGGAGAAACUAAGAGUUAGGAGAAACUAAGGCAGAAAGAAACUGAGGCAGGAAGGGCAUGGCUGCCUAUGUUUCCCCUGAUGCAGUUGCGAGUCUCAGUCCCUUACUCUCAAGACUCAGCACCGCUACAGUAACCUUGGCAAGGUGUAGCCGGCCCUGCAGAAGCAUGGAUCUCGGGUCCUCCAACCUGCUGGACGUGUUCCUGGAGCCCCCAGAAGAUAUCUUCUCUGCAGGGUCCUUUCUGGAGCAGGGCUUCACCUGUUCCCCUCCGGAGGGCCUUCAAGAAAGUGAGUCUGAGGAUUUCCUGAAGCUUUUGAUUGACCCCAAUGAGGUAUACUGCUCUGAAGCAUCUCCUGGCAGCGACAGUGGCACCUCAGAGGACCCUGGCCUCUCCGAUAGCCCCCCUGGCCCACUGGCACCCAGUUCUCCUGCUCUUUACGAGGUUGUUUAUGAAGCAGGUGCUCUUCAGCAGGCGCAGGGGGAAGCUGGGCCAACCUUAGGCCUCUUAUCCAUCCAGCUAGCCACCAUGUUUUCUCCAGAUCAGUGGAGCCCACAGUUGGUGGUACCUGAUGCCCAUGUGGUCCACGAGCUGCCCUUUGAUGCUCAUACCCACAUCCUGCCCACUGCCAUGGCCUCGGUAUCUCCAGCCACCCUGCUGCCCGGCCAAACCCUGCUCCUGACAGAUGAGGAGAAGCGUCUGCUGGGGCAGGAAGGGGUGUCUCUGCCCUCUCAUCUGCCCCUUACCAAGGCAGAGGAGAAGGUCCUCAAGAAGGUCAGGAGGAAAAUCCGGAAUAAGCAGUCGGCUCAAGACAGUCGGCGGCGGAAGAAAGAAUACAUCGAUGGCCUCGAGAGCAGGGUGGCAGCCUGUUCUGUACAGAACCAGGAACUGCAGAAAAAGGUCCAGGAGCUGGAGAGGCGUAACGUCUCCCUGGUGGCUCAGCUGCGCCAGCUGCAGAUGCUCAUCGCUCAGACCUCCAACAAAGCUGCCCAGACCAGCAGCUGUGUUCUGAUCCUUCUCUUUUCUCUGGCUCUCAUCAUCCUGCCCAGCUUCAGCCCCUUCCAGGGUCUACCAGAAGCUGGGUCUGAAGAAUACCAGCCUCGUGGAGUGAUUUCCAGAAAUAUCUUGACCCACAAAGACAUGGAAGGAAGUCUGGAAGCUCCAGUGAUAGAGUCCAAAGUGAGGGAGUCACCUGGAGCCCAGAGGGCAAAUACCUCAAGGAUCCUACCAGAGAAGAUGGACCUGAAGACCGAAUCCAUGGAACACCUCAGAACUGUGCAUGCAGAUGAGAUGUGAGCUGGCGCGGAUACCUUCCUGGCCCACUUCCUCCCAGGCACAAUAACGAAUCCAGGGCAACCCGCAAGCUGGGAAUUCCCGCUCAGUUUCUUCUCUUAGUGAUCUGAAUCACUUCAGAACACCCUAGAACAGUGAUGGUGAGUUUUUCAGUGAUAACAAACAGCCCACUGCCACAUGCAUGCCAUAGGUUCACCACCACUGUCCUAGAAGACAUGCAUAUCCUAAAGCCCAGUCUAUCCUAAAUGAGAAGGUACUGCAAAUACUUUAUGUCUCUGUGAUUUUAUUACUUCUUUGGAGAUACGGUUGAGGGAAAUAGAAGUUUUCACUGAAAAAUAAACUUUCCAGUUAAAAUCGCA